CUUGGUUUUGUCCAGACAAAAGAUGGUAUUGCCUCCUCAAUUCCAAGAGGAUCCCCCAGUUGGUCACAGGUCUCGUUUUAAAACUAGAGCCAGUCAUGAAGAAUGGACAAAACUGACUGGAUUUGUAAGAAAAAUACGUAGUGUCACAGUAAACCCCAAGCAGCUGCUCGUUUUUUAAUAGUCAUUACUACGAGUGCCGCUCACAAUGACCAGGGAAACAGGGAUCUGGCGCUGACAGUUGGAGGUGAGGCCCUGGAUGGGUCAGCACACACUUGUAUAGUGGGCGUUGGUAUGCAGGGAGGGCAAGUGUUGACUGUCUCUAAGCAGGGCUGAUAGGAGUUAUUUAUAUCUCCGCAACCAGUCACUCUCUGCUCCUGAUGCACAGAACAAAGUGAAAUCUGGUGAGUGACUCUUGGUCAAAAUGACUGAGCGCUACGACUGCCACUACUGCAAGGAGUCUCUGUUUGGGAAAAAGUACGUUCUUCGAGAGGACAAUCCCUACUGUGUGAAAUGUUAUGAGAGCCUGUACUCCAACACUUGUGAAGAGUGCAAGAAACCCAUUGGCUGUAACACCAGGGAUCUGUCCUACAAGGACCGUCACUGGCAUGAGGACUGCUUCAAGUGCUUCCAGUGCAAGCGCUCCCUGGUGGACAAGCCAUUCUCCACCAAGGAUGAGCAGCUUCUUUGCACCGAGUGCUACUCCAAUGAGUAUUCCUCCAAGUGCCAUGAGUGCAAGAAAACCAUCAUGCCAGGCUCCAGGAAGAUGGAGCACAAGGGCAACAGCUGGCAUGAGACCUGCUUCACCUGCAAGCGAUGCCAGCAGCCAAUUGGUACCAAGAGUUUCAUCCCGAAGGAGAACCAAAACUUCUGUGUGCCCUGCUACGAGAAGCAGUUUGCUAUGCAGUGUGUGCACUGUAAGAAGCCCAUCACUACCGGUGGGGUGACCUACCGUGACCAGCCCUGGCAUAAGGACUGCUUCCUGUGCACCAGCUGCAAGCAGCAGUUGUCCGGCCAGAGGUUCACCUCCAGAGAUGACUUUGCCUACUGUCUGAACUGCUUCUGCAACCUUUAUGCCAAGAAGUGUGCCUCCUGCACCACCCCUAUUAGUGGUCUGGGAGGAAGCAAAUACAUCUCCUUCGAGGAGCGCCAGUGGCACAACGACUGCUUCAACUGCAAGAAGUGCUCUGUGUCCCUGGUUGGCCGUGGCUUCCUGACUGAACGGGACGAUAUCCUGUGCCCAGAGUGUGGCAAAGAUAUCUAACUCGGCCUGAGGGAUAACAAUACAACUAACAAAUAGCAGAUAUUGACUAAGUACUAUUAGACCAUAAAAUAUGUAACAUCUUUAACGUAACUAUGAUUGUACAUUGUUUUUAGCUCUGGAUUGCACACUAAUUGUGUUCUUUGACUUCAUGAAGCUUAUUCAAAGUUACCUGUAAGUUCCUUCAAGAUGAAAAUGUAUUUACUAAUAAAGUAGCUGUAGGCAUGAAUGUAAAGAGUUGCAUGCUAAAUAAAGCAACAGCGUUAAUUUAAACUUUCAGCCA